ACCAACGACAGACAGUUUUGACGAUUUAACGGCAAAAGCGGCCGUCGGACAAGUUAUCCGUUCGCAUCGAUGACUACCUGAGCAGUCCGGCGAAAGCUGGACGUGCCGGCGACAGUUGGAAACGGGUUGUUAUCUUUUCUGUACUCGUAUAACAAGGUUACAAGGGAUACGUACCGUUACAGCAGAACUGAAGCUUCAUUCUGAUAUCUUUAAUAAGGAGCGUGUUCUUCCCGAUAAACAAAAUGUUUGGCUAAUUUUUAGAAAGAACGGAGUGGUCAUUGGGAGCGCCGUCAUGGAUCCACUCGAGCCUAAAACAUUUUCAUAUUCUAAACCUGGAAAAUCUAAUUACGGUGCGAUGUACAUGUCAAGCCGAGGUGGACUUCCGCUUUGUGACGCACAAAUAACGGCAGGAUCGUCACUACGACAGGUUACAGCCGGACAAACCUUUAACGUGGGACCGCGUUACACGAAUUUGCAGUGCAUCGGCGAAGGAUCAUACGGUAUGGUUGUAUCCGCUGUCGACACCCUAAGUCGUGAUCGGGACAAUGCCAGAGUGGCAAUAAAAAAGAUUUCUACCUUGGAACACCCGAUCAAGUGCCAGCGGACACUGCGGGAAAUUAAAAUUCUUAACCGUCUCAAACAUGAGAACAUCAUCGACAUUAAAGACAUUAUACCCCCUCCCACGAUGGACCAGAUGCAGGAAGUGUACAUUGUUCAGACACUGAUGGAGACCGAUCUGGAAAAAUUACUGAAAAGAGACCGUCUUCGGCAGGAUUACAUUUCCGCUCUUUUAUAUCAAACCCUGCGCGGACUGAAAUAUAUUCAUUCGGCUAAUGUAUUGCAUCGCGAUUUGAAGCCGAGCAAUCUUCUGUUGAAUGUAGAAGCGUGCGAUCUGAAGAUUUGUGAUUUUGGUUGGGCUCGGGUGGAUCCCACACUCGAGCGUGGCGGCGUUUUGACAGAAUAUGUUGGGGCCAGAUGGUACAGAGCGCCGGAAACGAUGUUGAAUUCUCGAGGUUACACCAAAGCGAUUGACAUCUGGUCAAUGGGAUGCAUUUUUGCGGAAAUGAUAUCCAGUCGCCCAAUUUUUCCUGGAAAGCAUUAUCUGGACCAGCUCAACCACAUACUGAACACAAUCGGUUCUCCUUCCGCAGAAGAUCUGGAGACUAUCCAUAACGAUCGAGCUCGAUCGUAUAUCAGGAGUCUGCCACCAAGAAGGCGACAAGCGUGGACCAAGCUUUAUCCUAACGUCGCCUCUACAGCGCUUGACCUGUUGGAUAAAAUGCUGACUUUCAGUCCGGCAAACAGGAUUCCGGCGGAAGAAGCUCUGGCGCAUCCCUUUGUGGGUCCGUGGAGAGCCCAGAUGAGGGGUGAACCGGUGGCGGAAGAACCAUUUACCAUUGAAAUGGAACUGGAUGACCUGCCAAAAGAGCGACUCAAGGAAAUGAUUUGGGAUGAAAUGGUCACCUUGAAACGAAAAAUGUGUUUGGUGUAACGUAAUGGAAUUUAUCCUCAGACUGCAGUCUCUUUAAAUCGCAGAACUGCAGGGUUUUCUCAGUUUUCUAGGUGGUUCACAUUUUUGUGUGAUUAUCGGGUGAGGGCACUCAGGGGAAAUAAUAUUUCGAUUAAAGAUGUGUAGAUAUUAAAUUAGUUGAUACGGUCAACAUAUUUUUGAAUAUUGUAUUUAAUUUGGCUGUAACUCCUGUAAGUAUCUUUUACAUUUUAUUGUCCAGAAUGCUGCGUUUUAUGGGUCGGUUUUCUUGGACGUUACUGACAAUGAAUACGGUGACUGUGUAUUCAGAAAUUCAAUGUAUAACUGAAAAAUCCAGCUAUCGUAAACC